AUGUUCAUCUUUGGCCUAGAAAUGCACUACAGCACAUGUCCAUGGAUCGAUGACUUCUAUAGAGUGGAAAUUUUGCGCAGAGGUUACAGUUCGGUGGAGCCAUAUUUCGAGACACAGUGCGGCAUCAGCGGCUGGACACUUGCGGGGGUCUUCUCGUUGCUGUCGUGCGGUUUAUUUAUCGGCGAAGGACUGGUAAGCGCUUUUCUUCGAUCAAGUCCGGACCAACGUCGUGGAAAAACCAGUGAUCCCCUUUAG